AUGCCGCCAAAAGAGAACUGGGAUAAGUGGGAGAAGAAGGUUAAUGACAAAGAGGAGAAGGAGAUCAAGGCUCUUGACGAUAGUGAUAUCCAAAUUCUCAAGACAUACGGCCAAGGUCCAUAUGCGGCACGGCUGAAGCAAAUUGAUAAGGACAUCCAGGAAGUCCGUAAACGCAUCAACGAGAAACUUGGCGUCAAGGAGUCUGACACGGGACUCGCGUCGCCCAACCUCUGGGAUCUUCCUGCAGACCGGCAACGCAUGGGCGAAGAGCACCCAUUGCAGGUCGCUCGUUGUACCAAGAUAAUUCCUGUCGAUCCCACAGCGGCUGAGGCUGCUCGAGCGGUAAACCCUCAGGGUGCCAUGCAGGGUCAGAAGGGUGCAGACGAGCAGGACAAAUAUGUCAUCAAUAUUAAACAAAUCGCGAAGUUCGUGGUCGGUCUCGGAGAUAGAGUUGCGCCAACAGAUAUUGAAGAAGGCAUGCGAGUAGGUGUGGACCGCAACAAGUACCAGAUCCAAAUACCUUUACCUCCGAAGAUCGACGCUUCUGUCACCAUGAUGCAAGUUGAGGAGAAGCCUGACGUGACGUACUCUGAUGUCGGUGGUUGCAAAGAGCAGAUUGAAAAACUACGAGAGGUUGUCGAGACGCCGCUGCUCUCACCCGAGCGCUUUGUGAAACUCGGUAUCGAUCCGCCAAAGGGUGUUCUUCUCUUUGGUCCACCAGGAACAGGCAAGACUCUCUGUGCACGUGCUGUCGCGAACCGGACAGAUGCCACUUUCAUCCGCGUCAUAGGCUCCGAGUUGGUGCAGAAGUAUGUCGGUGAGGGUGCGCGUAUGGUGCGGGAGCUGUUCGAGAUGGCGCGAAGCAAGAAGGCUUGCAUCAUUUUCUUCGACGAGGUCGACGCAAUUGGUGGUGCGCGGUUUGACGAUGGCGCGGGAGGCGAUAACGAGGUACAGCGGACCAUGUUGGAGCUCAUCAACCAGCUCGAUGGAUUUGAUCCAAGAGGAAACAUCAAAGUGCUCAUGGCGACUAAUCGACCCGAUACACUGGACCCUGCUCUGCUUCGUCCAGGGCGAUUGGAUAGACGGGUAGAGUUUUCUCUUCCGGACAACGAGGGUCGUACACAGAUUCUUCGGAUACAUGCAAGGAGUAUGAGCGUGGAGAGGGACAUCCGGUUUGACCUCAUCGCUCGUCUCUGUCCAAACACUACAGGCGCUGAGCUGCGAUCUGUUGCGACGGAGGCUGGCAUGUUCGCGAUCCGUGCGCGACGGAAAGUCACCACCGAACGUGACUUCCUGGAUGCGGUCGAGAAGGUCGUGCGGCAAGGCACAAAGUUCUCUAGCACGCCUUUGUACCAGGUGUAUAAUUAG